AUGACUUCGUCUAUGCAACAUGGCAACGCCGAUCAAAGCGACAAUUCAUAUCUAUCAUAUUUUGAAUCGGAUGCCGGAUCAAACGAGCUUGGUAAUACUGCCUUCAGAGACCUUGUGUCUGUCCCACAAACACUGACGGUCCAAACAUGGGAAGAGAUGAAACAAACGGAGGACUACCUGGCAGCUGAACUGUACAAAUUGACCACGCAAGAGCGAGAAAAAGCGCUGGAAGAUAUUCAUUGUGUUGGUGAAGGGCUAAGCGAGACUCCUGAAAUGAUGGAGAAGCUACUUGAAGAGUUCGAUCAAAUGGUGCGGCAAGUACAAAACCCAAUAUACCAAAUGGCCGUGAAUCAGAACAGAGACUAUGUAGAAGAUCCUUACUUUCGAUUGAGGUUUCUGAGAUACAAUAUGCACGAUGUGAACCUAGCUGUUAAGCAGAUGAUGGACUUUUUGAAGCACAAAGCAACCUAUUUUGGUAUGGACAAGCUUUCUCGGGAAAUCACUUUAGAUGACUUCAAUGAUGAAGAUAUGGAGCUGCUAUUGUCGGGCCUGUACCACAUUCAAAAGGAGACCGAUAGAAAUGGGCGGAAUGUACUAUAUGUGAUGAGUGAUGUGCUUGGGAGAUGCAAUAUUGAGAACCUGAUACAUGUUGCGUACUACAUGUACAAUAGUAUAUUGAUUCCAAUUCAUGAUGUGCAAAUGAAAGGUGUUUGCUGUGUCUACUAUGAUAUGACAAAACAAGGGGAGCAGUGUGCAAUGCCUGGCGUCAACUUCAUGCGGACAUUCACAAAUGUGUUGAUGUCCUUUCCACUUCGGCAAUCUGCGUUUCACGUGUGUUUGCAUCCUGAAAGGUUGGAUUUGACGCUAACCAAUACUCUCCUCAGCUACAUAUUCAAGCAACUUUCAAGCUACGCACGCGUAAGAACUCGUCUAUUGUAUGGCACUGACAUGGAAAUACAGCACACUCUUCGAUCCCACGGUGUGUCUAUGGAAAGCUUUCCUGUUGAUACCGAUGGCAAUAUCCGAAAGGAGAUAUUGAAUGCCUGGUUCUAUGCGCACAAGAAGGAAGUCGAAGCCAAAAAGCCUCCUGCUGCCUCUGCCUUCUUACAGCAAGGAGCAGAGGUUUCUCACCUUGACCAUAUUGCGCAAGAGUUACGAGUGCAAGAUUUGGGUUGGGAGCUCAUCGAUUCACCGAAAUCAGUAGCUGAAUCCAAUCUUGACCACGAUGCGCAAGACUCAAGUACACAAGAGUCAGGUGGGGAGCUCUUCGAUUCACCGAAAUCUUUAGCAGACUCCAAUCUUGACCACGAUGCGCAAGAGUCAAGUGCAAAAGCCUCAAGCGGGGGGCCCAUCGCUUCAGCUCAAUCAAUAGGAGACUCCAAUCUUGACCGCAGUGACGCGCAAGAAUCAAGUGCACAAGCGUCAGCAGCUUCUACUCAAUCACUAGGAGACUCUAAUUUUGACCCCAAUGCGCAAGAAUCAAGCGCACAAAAGUCUGCCGGAAAGCCCUUGACUUCAGCUCGAUCAGUAGGGGUCUCUAAUCUUGACUAUAGUGCCGCGCAAGAGUCAAAAUCGCAAGAGGCAGCUGCCGCGGGAACUGACCAAAGCGGUUCUGCAGUUAGUCAUCCUGGCGAGGAUGGAGGCAAUCAGAGGCCAUCGGUCGUCCCUUCGCCUCAAGAUGUCCUGUUAGGUCGCGGUUGGCCGGUACAGAACCAUGAAGGCAACAAACGAUUUCGAUCUUUUCUGGAAGGGUACAGUGAUGAAUACGACAACGCUGCUCGGUUACGGAAGCGGCAAAUUGCAGGAGAUUUGGUCCAUUUACUUCGCGGACGCGGGGUCCGCUUUUUGAAGCAAACUGAAACUGGUGAAUGGAUACUCAGUUCGUUUGAAGAUGCAGAGAAGAAGGUUGGUCAACUGUUCCGAACGCUGCGCAAGACGAACCCAUCUUGA